UCAAAAUGUCCGGACCAAGCGAUGAUAUGGAGAUGGAGAAAAUGGCGGAAGACGAAUUAUCUAAACUACAAAGACAGUUUAGGGUUAUGGAGGUCGACCGUGCUAAUGUAAUGAGCAGUGUGAAGCCUACCCUUAGAGUGCAAAGGAACAUUAUACAGUCGCUGACCGCCGAUCUAGAUAAAAUCAUGAUGCAGCUAAAGUUGACGAAAAGCACAUCGAACGUUCUGGAGAAUGCAAAAACGCGGGAAAAGCUGCUGUCACUUUUGAAGGAUCACGAGAUACACUUUUCGGAGGUUAAGGAAUAUCGCGCCAAUAUCAAUGAAUUGGACUUCCUUUUGAAGCAAGUGCAGAAGGAAAUUAAGAAGUUGAGGUCGAAAGGAUCGGAGAAGGCAUAUGACACAGUAAACAAUGAGACCAUAGUGAGCCAACUAGAAAACCGUCUCAAUACAGCCAUGACGAAGUUCAAUUCUGUUAACAGCGAAAACUAUAGUAUGCGCCUGCACAUUGACCGGUUAUUGUGCGAUCGGCAGUUCUUCAACACAGUCUGGAAGGGCCAAGUCCGUCGCCUUGUAGAGGGCAAAGCCCUAGUGCUCGAGCUGGUGGAGGGCACCAUAUCCACAUAUGAGCAGCGUGAAGAGUGGUGUGCUAAACUGGAAGCGUUGAAGGAAAAGGCAGCUGUGGACUAUCGGAGGCACUGUUUGGAAGUCCGUGAACUCCACCGUCAGCUCGAAUACAGCGCGAAACUAGAGCAAUUCCUCCGCAGCAAGGGUGCUUUGCGUCGGCCCGCGGGCGACAGACGAGCAGCUGCCAAGCGGGCGAGGGAUAGGGACCUAAGGAGGGCUGCCUACUGCGGGUACUGUAGCAUACUGGACGGGCUGAAGGAGUACAUGCAAGAAGAUGACGUCGACAAACUGAUAUUAGAGUUCACGCGACGCGAGGAGGAGAAUUACGCGUUGUUCAACUACAUAAACGAAGUUAACACUGAACUUAAGAACUUGAGCGACAAUGUCAAGUCUCUUAGAGCGAAUAUUGAGGAGGAACACACGAAACACCAAGCCAAAUUGCACAAACAGCAAGUCAGUAUCGAUUCCCUUCGGAACACACUCGCUGAGAAACAAAAGACUCGACAGGAAAUGCGGGACUCGUGUGAAAAGACUCGUUCCGUUCUCGAUACGUUGUUGCAGCAAGUUCAUUCACUAGCCAGUUCAUCAGAAUGUGAAUCACUCCCGCUGCUCAAGCUCCUCGGCCAGAACUUGAACAUCAACGUCACCAACGCGAGACUGUUCAUUAAGAGCUUGGAGAAGAAGAUCACGGAAAUCGUCGAGGUCAUCAAGUUUGAAGAGAAAUUCCUUGAGAACAGUGCUCGGGCCCCAGCCGGCAAGCGGUCCCGCGGGCCCCGCACACCGCGGCCGCUACACACUGCACACACACCUCGACGUGCUCAUCCCACACAAACACGUCUUACAACGUAGUCACGUUACACCUUCAAAAAAUCACUUAACAUAUUAUACACUAGCUUUCCGCCGGCGGCUCCGCCCGCGGUUUCAAAGAAAAACUCGCAUAGUUCCCGUUCUCGUGGAAUUUCCGGGAUAGAAC